AGCAGUUUUCCACCACGCAAUCGAUCUUCGCUGAUUUGAUCUUUUACAAAAUUGUAGUUCUCUUCUAUAUAGAGCUUAGAACACACGCAACCGAUCUCAUGUCGUCAACAGUGAACGCCUUUGCUUCCCACCAAGCGCGGUCAUCGAUGCUGGUGGAGCGGGAGCGCGCGCUCGAUGCACGGCGCACCACGGUCAUGGAGCUGCGUCAGAUGGUGAACAACCUCGCCACAGAGAACCGCACCCGGGAGGAGCAGCUGAUUAGCGAGCGCAGUCGCUUCAAUGAGCGCAAGUCCGCGCAGGAUGCGAAGCUGUCCGCGAAAGAGGCGGAGGCACGCGGACAGCAGGCUCGUGUGAUGGAGCUGGAGGCGGAGGAGGAGCGGCUGAGCAGCGCCAUUGCACAACGGGAGACGGAGACGGCGGCCGCGAGCGCCGAGGUGGAGCGACGCCGCGACCUAGAGGCGACGCUGCGCGAGGCCCGGGAGGUCCUCAACCGCGCUAAGUUUAACCUGGAGGAGCAGGACGCGAAGGUGAUGCGUCUGGAGACGCGCCUCGCACGACAGGAGUUGGUGACCGACAAGCGCCACGCCCAGUUGGCCGAGCGCGAGCCGCACUACUGGUUUCCACGUGUGGCCGAGGCUGAGAAGUCGGCCGCGCUAGAGGAAACGGCAGGCGAAAGUUUGUACCUCGUAGAUGAACUGGCGGGUUAG